AUGAAAUUUCCAAAAAGAAAGUUGUUUCUUCUCAUCAUUGUUGCAUAUGUAGCGUUUUCGCUCUACGCUGCAUACAAUGUGUUCUUUAGUAGUAAAGUCAUAUCGCGCGUUCACAGAGUGGAGAAGAAAGAAGCAGGACCCUCUGGUGUUCGAAAUGGCGGAGCCGCUCUAUCCAAUGGACAAGAGUGGAAUCCGUGGGAGGAUGAACAGGUGGAGUACAACUCCGCACUGAACAAAAAAAGAGAGGCAUUCAAACAGCAUAUGGCACGAAUCGAAAAGAACAAACCCACAAGAUAUAAGGUCCAAAUCUGGGGUAAAGCAGCCAUAGGACUUUACCUUUGGGAGCAUAUAUUGGAGGGACCCCUCAAUCCUACUGACAAGAUAGCACAAUGGAGAGAGGGUGAGAUCCAGUCAAGUAAAAUUGACUUCAGUUUCUACACAGGCCCUGCUGUAGUCCAAGGUCACGUACCCUUGGACAUGAACAGCCUGGUCCUGGUCCUGAACGGUCGUGAGCAGCAGAAAGUGGUAUACUCCACGCGUUGGUUGGAGCACGUCCAAGCUUUGGUACAAUCCCACACUGUUUCUCACGUGGCUGUGGUCCUGCUGGGCAAUGAGCACUGCAAGAAUGACUGGAUCGGGCCGUACCUUAAGAGACAUGGUGGCUUUGUGGACCUGCUCUUUUUGGUGUACGACAGCCCUUGGGUCAAUGAAAGAGAUGUCUUCCAAUGGCCCCUCGGUGUUGCCACAUACAGACAGUUUCCCUUGGUCCGGCCCAAUGCUGAGAUGAUCACCUCCAACCGUCCAUACUUGUGCAACUUCCUCGGUACCGUUUACAAAAAUUCUUCGAGGGAAACACUCAUGCAGGUUCUCAAAAACUCGGGCCUGGAGAAGGAGUGCAUUACCACUGCUAGGGAGAAAUGGCUCCCCCAAGAGACAGCAGACAGUCUGAAGCGAUAUCAAAGUGCCCUGGCCCAGAGCGAGCUCACCCUAUGCCCCGUCGGCAUCAACAGCGAAAGCUACCGCAUCUAUGAGGCCUGCUCUUACGGCUCAGUGCCGGUGGUGGAAGAUGUACUCACGCCGAGGACCUGCGCGGCCGGACCCAGCUCUCCCCUGCGCCUCCUCAAGGCAGCAGGAGCACCCUUCAUCUUUAUUAGUGAUUGGCGAGAGCUUCCCACAAUUAUGGAAGGAGAGAGAAGAAUAAGCCAAGAGCAAAGGGUAGACAGGAGGAGGAGGUUGCUGGAGUGGUAUGCCACGUUCCGCCAACAAAUGAAGGAGAGAUUCACUGAGGUCAUUGAGGAGAACUUUUUCAAAAGUGGCUGA